CUAGGCGAACAUUACUUCGUGCGCGCUGUAGUGAUCGAGGUCUCUACUCUGCGAAUAUUCAGUGAAUAUACAUCUAUAGAAAGUGUUACUGUGAAAAGUCAUCCGACGGCACGAGUAAGCCGCUCCGAUCUCAUUUGCUGAGAUUCUUCGACAUAGUGUACGAGUUCGAAUGUGCGGAUUAAAUAAUCCACUAUUCGAAUCAUCUUAAUUUUCAUCGUUUUUGUGAAUUAUUGCUAAUAAACGCAUCUCAAGAAAACCAAAUGGUUGUACUCGAGGAAUCCAACAUGAUGACUAACAAUCACAACCAAUAUUUGCAUCCAGACUAUUUACCACCAAUAUCAACAACGUUGGACUCCAAAAACAGUCCUCUCGCUCUUUUGGCGCAAACAUGCAGCCAGAUAGGUGCAGAUUCGCCAAGCAAACCAUUGCUCUCGUCCUUGGAAAAAGCCAACAAAUCUUCAACAAACACAUCGCAUCCAAAUCGGUCUCCCACCGGAGCCAAACUCGAGCGCACUCGCUCUAGUCCUUCGGACAGCAAGAACAACAACUCGAUUAAUUUAGCUUACAAACCAUACGAAAGCAACGUUGUAACGAAGCGAAAAUCCAGUGAAUCGGAAAGUGCCGCUUCUACGAGGCCUGCCUCAAAAGCAAGCAGUGUGAAUAGUUCUAGUAACGACAGUGUCAGUGCAAGUGUCGAUAGCGAGAACAAUAAUGUUACAAAAAAGGCACGUUUGAGUCCAGCGGCAGGACGUAAAACCGUCUCACCCGCCAGUAGUCCAAGUGCAGCGUCGAGCUCUGGAAAAAAGAGUCCUCACGCUGAUAGUGAAAAAUCAUCGAAAAAAGAUAGCAGCAACAGCAACGGAAGCAGCACACCGGCCACCAGUACCAGCAACGGUGGUGCCAGUCCAAUUAUCCGUUCCGGUAUGGACGUGUUGUCCGGAAAAGAUAGUGCAAGUGGUAUAUAUAAAUCCGGAGUGCCUGGAUUUCCUAGCCCAAAUCCUCUGUGUUGUCCACCGGGAAUGAGUGAAAAUCCAGCCUUCCGUCCUCCUUUCGUCGGUACAUCGCCUUUCGCGCAUCAUCAGGCCAUGGCCGCCGCGCUUCUGGGCUAUCCCGUGCCGGGUGCACCGACCGCCAACCCAUACCAACAUCUUGGCUACACUCGAGUGAAAAAUGCCGCCGGUGGCGAGAGCAUAGUGCCAGUACCGGUCUGCAAGGAUCCCUACUGCCAGGGCUGCCCCUACAGCAUGUCCAGUGCGCAGAUGAUGAUGGCCGCGCAACAAGCGGCCAACGCCGCGAGACCGCCGUGCCCCAGUGGCUGCAAUCAGUGCGAUCAUCAAAAAUACGGUCUGAAUUACGGACUGCCCGGCAUGGGUCCCGUAGCUCCGGGUCACGCCUUCGCUAUGCCAUCGGUAGCUGCGCACGCGGCCGCCGCUGCCGCGAAUGCAGCCGGCCGACCUCACAUCUGCAACUGGGCCGCAGGUGAGACUUACUGCGGCAAACGGUUCUCUACCUCGGAGGAGCUGUGGCAACACUUGCAAUCCGCUCACACGUCCGGCAACGCCGAUCACGCAGCCGCUCUGGCCGCUCAGCAUCAGCUAAUGUCGCCGUCGGCAGCGUUACAGAGAGCCGCCGCUCAAGCCGGAGCUUAUCCAUCGACCUCGAUCAGCCCCCUCAGUCCCGGACGAUAUCAUCCAUAUGGAAAACCACCGGGAGCUCCAUUGCCCACGUCACUUUCAGCAUCGCCUUACAGCGCUUUCAAUCCUCUUUCGCCCUAUUACGCGCCUUACGCGUUAUACGGCCAGCGGAUCGGUGCAGCAGUUCACCCAUAAGUUUGUGAGGUGUAAUAUCAAAGACUGAAAAAUUGAAAACUGUGAUUUAUGUAGACGUGUGUUUUGGAUCAAGAAACGGUCGAAGUUCUAUGCUGUGAUAUUUUAGAUUAUAAAAGUUUUUGUUACAAAUUAUUUUAUCCCAUUGAAAAUGGUGAAAUCGAUGCAGCAUCAAACGAAUUAUUAGGUGCCUGCGAGAAUCGUAUACUUCUAAUUGGUUUAGAUAAUUUUAAUUAUGCUCUUUCAAACGACAAUGGAAGAGCAAACCUCUUGACGUCAAAUUACAAAUUAUGUUUUUCUAUAAUCUAGAAUUAAAUUUUCGUACAUGUAUUAUUUGCAUGAAAUAUCAAAUGCGUUCAAUUGAGCGCUUGUCGGGUCUAUCAAAAUAUUGUAUGCUUGUGAAAGUAAAUAAAUGUAUACGAUUCGAAUGAAUGUGUUUUAUUGUAACACGGCGGCUUUAUGCAAAUAGCCGCUAAUUUUUUGAGUCGUAUUUGUGUGUCGUUUAAUAAUGAAAUAAUCUGAUAAUACAAUUGUAAUUAUUUCAUCGGCAAUUGUAAACUUAUAUCGAUUUGUAAAUAUUGUUGAGUUUCCAUACUUGCUUUAAUAAAAAUACAUUUGUAGAACUAUA